AUGUCGUUGCCCCUGUCAACUCCCUACCAGACAAACCCGACGGCGCAUGUCCCACCCCACGUCCGAAAUUUGCAGGAAAAAACAACGUAUGCUGCAAUCUUCCGGGGAAACAACGGUAACCGUGAUUCUUACCUCCAAGUGGCGCAGCUCGACGGUUGGGACUUCACGGUGGAGUCGGUGACGGCUUCAGAAUUGGACAAGAUGAAAGGCUCCGAAGAGGAGACGCAUCCGAUUUAUUCCGUGGACUCGCGGUCCGCUAGUGCGGGCUGUGCUUCCAGCCUGGACCCCGCGGUUGGUGAAUACAUCGAGGAGAUGCUGUCGCUGGCAGAGGGGUACGAAUACAUAGGGUGCUUCCACGACAAGUCACCCAUGGACGAAAGGGAUAUGGCGCUAAGUUCGAAGAGGGAGUUCGCUCAGAACAAGCCUAGCAUGUGCGCGGCCCGAUGUGCCAAGGAGGAAGGCGCCACCUUUUUCGGCCUUCAAAAUGGUGGCUUGGUAAGCAGCGUGUACGUCAUCCCUGUGGAACACACGUACGUCGGCUGCUUCCAAGACAAGAAAGGCGAUCGGGAUCUACUCCUCGUCCCCAAGGUGGUGUCUUCCUACCUCACGCCGGCGGCCUGUGCGGCCUACUGCUCCUCCGUCGAGGGGGCCACGUACAUCGGGGUACAGUCCGGCCGCAAGUGUUUCUGCGGGGACUCGUUCGGGAAGCACGGCCAGUCGACCCUUUGCAGCGAGCCCUGUUACGGCGACGAAGACCAGGUUUGCGGAGCGCAUAACGUCAACAGCGUGUACGCUCUUCUACCUGAGGGUAAGGUCGAUCGAACCCCGUCGAACGCGGGCAUCCAAGACCAGGAGGUAGUGUGCGGGGGGAAGCGCUGCGGCUGCUUCCUGAACGAGAGCCUGGGAGACUCCCUGUUGUCUGGCGGCAACCAAUUCGAUAGCGAGGCACUGUCCCGAACAUCCUGCAAGGAAGCUUGCGAGCAAAGUGGCUUCCCGUUCUACGGCCUUGAAUGGUCAAUCAUCUGCUUCUGCGGCGGAAAUAAGACGACCAAGGGCAAGUUCAUCGAGGGAAUCGAGGCGUACCGGCUGGCUGACGAUACCGGGGCGUGCGACAUGCCUUGCCCGGGGAAUGCGGAGGACACCUGCGGCGGGCACGGUGCGGUAGAAAUUUGGGAGGUCUGAUAGUCGAUUCUUGCGUCAACGUACUUGAACAUCGGAGUGGACUACCAGGGCGACCCCAGCGUCUGGCAUGAACUACAUGUAUCAGUUGCCCGGCGGUAUCGAGCCUCUCAGUGUAGGCUUCCACACAAACAACGUAUCGACGUAGAUUGGUAGAGCAAACGGCGGUCGCUAUUCGCCACACCAAGCGGCCGUUAUUUGCGAUUGUAUUCGCGCUAUGUUACUGUAGGUGUGCCAAAGGGACAACAUUCCCGGUACACGUCAAGUAUGGAGAGUAGAUGUCACCCAAGGCUUCAUAUUCACGAGAGAGUCACACCUCACGGCCUUUUUUGAACACAGCGAUUUGAUGAGAACUAUUGAGUCACGGUAAGAUGUACGUUGGAAAAUUGUCGUGGUCACGUGGGGAAUCGGAGGGAAGGAUAUCGUGUGCUCAUCUCGUUUAACGCAAGUGCGACGAACAAGUGUCCUAGGUAUCACCAGGGUGUAGUAGUCUAGGCUUGAACACUGUUCCAGACGUACGGGAGGUCUCCCGCAAUUCCGCACCACUAUACGUCUCCCUCAGGGAUCUCGCAUAUUCGUUUUCCCUUGAACAGGUCUUGCCCCAUUUCUUGUCGAUCACGCAGGGUUUUCAAUUCACUCCUCGUACAUGGCACAUUGUAUUGGGUGUAUGGUUCGGUCGAAUGGACAGAAUGUAAAUAAUAGAAAGCGUUAUGUUGGCUCCAUCGUUCAAAGGCCGGUUAUGGAGUGUGGGCUGAUACGAAAUUGUUGCAUGUGAACGCCGCAACCUUCUUAAACCGGCAACAAGACGUGGGCAUGCCGUGCAUCUCGGUAGAUUCGAUUCCACGGGGACGCCUUGAACGAGGAGGACGGCCCAAUAGGCUGCUUUGACUGAUGAACUCGUCUUCUUUGACUGUUCGGUCCCAGAUUAUGUCGAGCUUGUGCGCAACUCAAGAGGUUCAGCAGUGUUUCCCUGCACUGUGCGAGAUCUGUGCCCCAAGAAAAUGCGUACUGAGUGAGGUUUCCAUCCACGCCUAGGUUCUCGAACUAUUGUUGGUAUGUGAUCUUGCUUCAUGCGUGUGACAUGUGCGACUCACACAACAACCGAAACAGAGACGCGUUCCAAAGGCGGACUUGAGUGAGGCCCAGGGACCGUUGUUGCGUUGUUGUCAGCAUGGUGCUGCGAGGAAAGUUCAUGACGACACGAUGCAAUCUUAGAGCAGAAAACUUGUUUGACUUACUACUGUUAGGGCAAACCUUGCCACCAGUCGGUCGUAACGACGGUGCGGGUGGCAACCUCCAAUAACAGCAUUAUUACUGGUAUUCUGGCUUGGGCCAGGAGUUCGAGAUUCGUCGAGGUGUAGUUUUUCCGGAUUUCGUGCCUGUGGUAGAGUGGAACGGUUAUUCGUGGUAAGGACGCUGCGCCUUUCUCGCGUCAACAUGUGGACUGCGAGGUUUUCUUCUGUCAUUCCAUAGUAUCCCUGGACCAUUUUGCCAUUGGAACUUGCAUGAAGGUGCUACUGAUCUCCGA